UUAAGGGUAGGGCUUUCUUUUUUUUUUUAUUUUUUAAAUGAGAGACUUCUAUGCAAAGCAUUUUCCUCAGAAGGUGCAUUUAUCCUAAGUGGCUCUUGCUGGUUUACACACACCCUGUCCUUUCUCUUGCUUUGGAAAGUUGUUCCACUUGAUUGCUCAGUUUGCCUCUUUGAGUCAGUGGUGACAGGGGAAUUAUAAAGGCAAUGAAGGAGCAGCCAAGUCCCACGUAGUGUGUGCCAGAUUUAAGCUGAUUUAAAGUUGUGCAGACUGACUCUGAAACUUUCUUUGCACAAGGGACAACGGCUUUCAGAAAAAGUUGCUCUUUUUUUUUUUUUUGCCAGCAGUGUGCGCCUGGCUCAGGGAACCUGCUGAGGUGUCCUCACCUUGUUUCAAAGGCAGCAUGGUUGGUGGUGCUUUGCAGAUUGCUGGGCUGCUUGUUGGUGGUAUUGGCGUGAUCGGGACGUUUGCUGUCACAGGCAUGCCUCAGUGGAGGGUGUCUGCCUUCAUUGAGAACAACAUCAUCGUGUUUGAGACCAUUUGGGAAGGCCUGUGGAUGCACUGCAUCAGGCAAGCCAACAUCAGGAUGCAGUGCAAGGUCUACGACUCCAUGCUGGCCCUCUCGCCGGACCUGCAGGCAUCCAGAGGGCUGAUGUGUGCUGGGUCGGUGCUCUCAUUCCUCGCUUUCAUGGUUGCCAUUAUUGGGAUGAAGUGCAUGCAGUGCGCGCAGAGCAGCUGGCAAGCCAAGGGCUAUAUUAUUCUGGUGGCCGGGCUCCUCUUCAUCCUCUCGGGUGCCGUUGAGCUCAUUCCAGUCUGCUGGGUUGCCAGCACCAUCAUCCGUGACUUCUACAACCCCAUGGUCAAUGUUGCACAGAAAAGGGAGCUUGGAGAGGCCCUCUACCUGGGCUGGGUAUCUGCCUUCUGCCUCAUUGCUGCUGGAGCCAUAUUCUGUUGCUUUUGCCGCUGCUGCGAGAAAACCAGAAGCUACGGAUAUUCCACACCAACCCACUACCCCACUCACAGCCAGCAUUUGUACAGGAAGACUGAAAGCUCGUACUCCAAAAGUCAGUACGUCUAGAUGCCUCCUGCCUUUUCCUAUUUUUGAAGCAUUCAAUUUGUCUGGAUGGAUUUCAGCUUCUGCACAAAAGGGCAGCUGGAAAGCUGCUUUUGCCUUCUGCCCUGUAACUGCUGCUGUUUGGGCUGCGUUUUGGAGCUGCAGUUAGCCUGAGUGGGCUCUGCUGUGGCUAAUGCUGCAGCAAGGACAAUUGUAAUGCACGGAAAGGUGAAUGUUUAAUAUUAUUUUAAUAGUAACUUGGAAUAGCUUUUGGCUUGUGUGGCUUUGCUUUGGGUUGCAUUUUAUGUGUAAAACAGUAAUAAAAGGCUUAAAGUUCCACUGUAAUAUGAAAUUCUGGCCUGUUGCAAAGAAGUGGGGAGUUCAGUAGCUGGUUGGUUUUUUUUUUUCCUACCUGGGAAAGAGGGGAUAACAGUGAAUAAGGAUAAGACAAUAAUGGUUUAAAAGAAAAGCAUUCACUAUGGGAUUGAUUUACUGUAGGUUUAAUGGGAGGUUGCACGAAGAAUUUAUUCAGUAGAGGAAGGUAAGCUGAAAUAUAUGAAAAAUAUCCCUUAUUUCAGAGAAUAAACAUAG